GACAAAGUGUCCUAACUAAAAUGUUUGAGGGAGUCGAAUUUUGAAUUCUCGAAAAAUCGAGCACCCUUUACUUAAUGCUUCAUCUACGUGAUCUCUUAAAACGGCGGGAAGUUUACAGAGCUUCCAUAAAACACACACACACAAAAAAAAAAAAAAAAAAGGAGUUCGAAUUGAAACAAUGGAGGACUCAGGUGCAAUUUUGUGUCAGAUCUCUUUACUCAAGGAUAUGCUUGAUCAGGUAAACGAAGAAAUUGAAGCGAAUAUUCAGGCUACGAGAGAGAUUGAAUCGCAAAUAGAGAAGUGUAGGGAAAUUGAAAGCUCACUGGCUGCACGAGAAUCAGAACUGACGAGAACCGCUUAUACACUUCAAUUUGAAAUUGUUGGAUUGAUGAGAGUUCAUGUGACCUCUCUCGAACAUUUGGAGGAAAAGAUAUGUAAUCUAAGAAGGAGGCGUGAUGAGAUACUUGAGAGAAUGAAUAACAGAAGGGAUGAAUUUGUGGCUUCGUGCCUAGCUUUUCAAAAUGAAGUUGCUGGUAAAGAUAAUGAUGCAGUAUGCACUUUGCUCGCAGAGAAAGAGCUGCUUCAGAAUGAAAUUCAUAGUUUGAACAAGAAAAAUAAGGCUUUGGAAAGCUCAACAACAGCUUUUGUGGAAGAGGUUCUUGAAGAUCUUCAGCAAACUAACUCUGCUUUAGACGUUGAAAUAAGAUGUGGCAAUAUUGAGAAUGAGAAAUUGCUCAAGGAUAUUGCUGAAUUAAAGAGGACUUUGUCGGCAUUUAUGUUGACAGGAUUGCAAGAAAUGCAGGUAUCUGGAGUUGGUAAUGUUUUUCCAGCCGCUGACCAGUGAUUGAUGUUCAUGUUACUUGUGUGCUGAAGUUACAGGUACAUGAAUCUGUCAACCGGUUAGUUCAAAUUAUUCCAAGACUCCAUGCUUUUAGCUCCAAAGUGAAAUGUGACAUAAGACAAUGCCAUGAUGCAUUUUCUGACUCUUUUAGUUUAGAGUGUUCAAAGUAAUUAAGUAAAGCAGGUCAACAUGUAAAAGAUUCAGCGAACAGUUUAGUGUGGAGUACAAAUCUGAUUCUCAUUGAUGUGUUCUUUUGCACGAUAUAUAUACAGGCAAUGUAAAAUUUACUCAGGUGACCACAUCAGUAACAUAUGUCUGCACAUCAGCAGCA